CUCUGAAAAGGCUGCGUGAAGCUGCCAAUAGCAACGACUUGGACACGGUGCAGCAACUUUUGGAGGAUGGAACUGACCCCUGUGCCGCAGAUGACAAAGGCCGGACAGCCCUGCACUUUGCUUCCUGCAAUGGCAACGAUCACAUUGUGCAACUGCUUCUGGACCAUGGGGCUGACCCAAACCAGAGAGAUGGGCUGGGAAACACCCCCUUACACUUGGCUGCCUGCACGAAUCACGUUCCUGUCAUCACCACGCUGCUGCGCGGAGGGGCCAGAGUUGAUGCCCUGGAUCGAGCUGGCAGAACCCCACUGCACCUAGCUAAAUCAAAGCUAAACAUCCUGCAGGAAGGACUCUCCCACAGCCUGGAGGCUGUACGCCUUGAAGUGAAACAGAUUAUCCAGAUGUUGCGGGAAUACCUGGAGCGUCUAGGGAGGCACGAGCAAAAGGAACAGCUGGAUGACCUUUGCUCCAGGUUACAGAUGACUAGCACAAAGGAGCAGGUGGACGAGGUUACAGACCUCCUGGCCAGCUUCACAUCGCUCAGCCUGCAGAUGCAGAAGAUGGAGAAGAGGUAA